AUGCGCUCAUCGAAAAGACCCAGCAAAGCGGACUUAGCCAGCCACGUCCCUCCUGCUGAGACAAAUGAGCGCGACGAUGAGCCGGGAGAACAGCCCGAGGAGGAAGAUGUCGAAGAGGUGGACCCUUUGCGCCCUGCCGCGACAAAUAUAUCAGAAGAGGAUGCAGCGCACAUUCUCGGUGACGACCUGGGCGAAGAAAAUCCGUACUUGGCGACGGGAACACUGAAAAGUGCGAUUCACCGUUGUGAGCUUCCGCUGUUGGGAAUCGACCAGGAUUCCACUCGGCCAAACUACGUGUCUGGCUUCAUGCAUUUCAAGGCUUGGGCCUGUCUCACUCUGGCGGCCGGAAAAUGCAAAGGAGUGCCUGUCGAGGAGCAGGUGGUCAACGAGGAUGAGGUUGGGAGAGAGAUCGGCAAUGAUUUAGGGACGGGGAGGUGCGUCGACCCACACCGUGGCUCGCUCGACGAUGUCUACUCGGAGGAGCAAUUCCGCAUUCUCGUUUCAGACAUCCUGCCGCACUGGGCCAAGGUGUACUUCGAGUCGUCGAUGUCGUACCCCAGUCUGUCGCUGUGGAAGGCCUUGGCUGUGAGGGUGAUGAUUCUGAUGGCGCAUCACAUGCUGGGCAGGGGGAUCAGCAUCCGUACGAUCCGCUACUGCAACAUGUUCACUCACACCCUUCUGCCCAUCACGAACAGCAAGGGGGAAUCGUCGAUCCUCGUUCUCGUGGUCGCCUAUCGCAAUUCGAAGACCGUCAAAGACAACAAACUCGGCCACCUGUACCUUACUCAACACAUGGACUUCCAGCAGUGCGGAUUUGGAGCAGUUUUCCUCUGGCUACACUUCAUUUUCGACCUCGUGCCGCUAUUCUACAACAACGAUAAAAUCGUGCCCCCCUUGGAUUUUUCAAACCCGGAGGCGUGGUCGAAGAAACACCUGUUCUUCGCCCUCUUCGACAAAGAGAAGACAGAGAUGCCGUACCCGACGCACAACAAAUGGGUGACAUGGGCGAUGAAAAGCGCGGAGUGGAUCCUGUCGAAAGUCACACACAUCUUUCGACGGUCUGCAGCACAGAUCCUCGCGGACAAGAACUUAGACCUCGACACCAUCGCACAGCUGGGUCAAUGGGACAUGAACGAGAUGCGCAGGUCAUACGUCACAGGCAUCCCGCGCCCGGCCAUCCAGAUGCAAGCGGGUUUCUCGCAGGAACCGGGCGACUAUUACAUCGGAAGAUCGAAGACCAAAGUGCCCCCGAAGGUCCUGAAGGCGAUUGAGGAGCACAUAUUUCCUAAGGCGGAGAUGUGGCUCAUCGAGCACCUCAUCACGCAACUUCGGGCCGAGAUCAACCUCCACAAGGAGGAGGGAGGGAACAAGGAAAUCCAGAUCAACCACCUCGAGAAGCGGGUCGAGACAUUGGAGCGGGAGAAGAGCUCGAUGAAGGCUGAGUUGGAGGCGAAGACAGAGGCGUUCGCGCAACUACAGAAAGCGUUCGACGCACUGAAGAAUACCGCGGCGAUAAGCGCAGCUGCAAUUGUGGGGGAGAGCGAGAGCGUGCCACUGACGGCGACCGAGGAAGCCACCCCGGGUCCACAGCAAGCCCAACAAACGACGCCCUCUCGACAGAGCGUGGGCAGCCAGCUUGACCAGGCAUUCUUCGACGCGGUGGUGUGGCCGUGGUGCAAUUGCGAGACCGUGCGGAAGGCGUGGUCGUACUGGGACGGGCCAAGCCCACUGAACAACGGGCAUAGUCUUCGACAGGCUUACAAGAGGGGCUUCGCCGUCAAGUUCUGCAAGUUCACACCGUCUCCACCCCCCGUAACCCCCGAACAGGAGGCCCAGCCAAAAGAAAAGCCACCAACCGCAAAAGCUAUCGAGACGAAAUUGCGGAAAAUGGAGGCUGUCAUGAAGGCCGUCGAGCAUUUUCGGAUCGACGACAGUCGCGCGGCUACGUCGACGGUCAUCGAAAAGUUGGACUCAAUUCUGAAGGACCACUCGAUCAACAUGCUUUCAGAGGGCAUCGUUCUCAAGGAGGAUUCUGGGAGGCAGCUCACAAAAAAGCGCAAACUCGAGUCUGCCGAGGAGAACCGGAAGGACAAACAACGCCUCAGAAUCACUCUGGAACUCAUUCGUGUCCAGCUCCGAACCGCAGAGUGGGCGGAGAAUGUGUUCGGCAAGGAGAAAUGGAAUGAGUUCACGGGAACAACAGGCGCGCUGCCUACUUCGACGGACAACCGUGACGCGGGGGCAUCCUAG